ACUAUCAGGAGUUGUCAGCGUCUCCUUUCUCUCUGCACGCUGGAAAGUGCCAGUUGUUGGUUCUGUAAGUUGCAAGAGUAACGAAAACCCAACAAACUCCAUACUUGUUCCUUUCUGUUUCGGACUUAACGAGAAAAGUUUCUUUUCCCCGACCAAACAACAUUCAAACCAAAAAAAGCAGAGCUCUCAGACAUCAGGUUGAAUGUACAACAUGAUGGAAACCGAUCUCAAACCUCCCGCCCCACAACAAACUUCGGGGGGAACAGGCAACUCGAACACGGCGGGAAACAACGCGAAAAACAGCCCGGACAGGGUGAAGAGACCCAUGAACGCGUUUAUGGUGUGGUCGAGAGGGCAGCGGCGGAAAAUGGCCCAAGAAAACCCCAAGAUGCACAACUCGGAGAUCAGCAAGAGGCUCGGGGCCGAGUGGAAACUUUUAUCCGAGGCCGAGAAGAGGCCGUUCAUCGACGAAGCCAAGCGGCUGCGAGCCUUGCACAUGAAGGAGCACCCGGAUUAUAAAUACCGGCCCCGGAGGAAAACCAAGACCCUGAUGAAAAAGGACAAGUACACCCUGCCAGGCGGCCUGCUGGCUCCCGGCGCCAAUGCCAUGAACGCGGGAGUCGGGGUCGGCGUCGGGGCCGCGGUCAACCAGCGGAUGGACGGUUACGCUCACAUGAACGGCUGGACGAACGGGGGCUACAGCAUGAUGCAGGAGCAGCUCGGCUACUCCCAGCACCAGGGCCUGAAUGCUCACAACGUGGCCCAGAUGCAGCAGAUGCACCGCUACGAUAUGAGCGCGCUGCAGUACAACUCAAUGACCAGCGCUCAGACCUACAUGAACGGCUCACCCACCUACAGCAUGUCCCCAGCCUACACGCAGCAAAGCACAGAACUUGGAAAUAGCUGGCAGAUAGAGAGAAAGUAAUUAAGGUAUUAAAACAAGCAGUGCAUUCCUCCAGAGGACCUUAUCAACCAGGAACAGACUCAGCAUCCCCUCAAUAUGCUAAUAUAGGAAGAAUGACGUCACAGCCGCAAGUUUGCCUGCACCAUUGUGGAAACAAAAUGUGAAGUUCUGUAAACAAAAUGAUCUUUCCCACUCUCACUAUAAUCAUUCAAGUAUGAUCUGUUGUGUUUUAAAACGCCACCCUACUGUUAUGUGAUAUUUUGCCGUAAUUUGCUAGAAUGAAAUGUAACGGUUUUGGGUGACGCCUAUAAAGCUUUGCAAACGGAAGUGGAAUCCAUAAAUAAAAUCAAUAAACGUUAAUAAGAAUAGUAUUAUUAUACAUAAAACUGAUUGUAAAAUAUGAUAUUAUGAAACAGAAAGUAAAUCUUAUCUUGCCAGUUUGAGUGUGAGCAUAUCAGAUGGAGAAUGGGUUACAAGUAAUACACAUACUUUCUAUCGGAUAAUGCUGACAAUUUGAUUAGUACGGUCAUUUCCAUUCCGGAAGAUGCGGGUUCGGGCCAAAAUAAAAUGCGAUAGCACAUGGUCACGUUCUCUAAGAAUUAAAGUCAGACCCAUUAUCAGUGCAGCUUCUCAUGAAGAGAAUGUCAUCAACUGGCCUGAUGGGCCACUGUCAGUUAUGUUACCUUGAGUUUAAUUCUGGUGUUGGUAAUAUGCCUAACUUGUUGUGAAUUACCUUGCACAAUUAAAGUUCCUUUGUUUUAUUCAAAAUAAAGGGCCAGCCAUGAUGGAAACAAAGAUCUGAACAUAGAUUUUCUUUUAAUUGGCAAUACAAUAGCGUCGAGCUACACAGAAACGUUUUGUGAUAAGUUAUGAGUUUACUAUUCAACUAAUAUUGGAGUUGGUUCUUUUACUUAAUUUUCUGUUUCCUAUCUGGCCAAUCAAGCUUGGUUAAAGAUAUUCGUAUAUUUGGAGUUUUGCAGUAAGGGGAUCAAUAUUGUGAACCGGUCUGCCCCUCGCCAAAGGCCAUAAGCACACUAUUUGCACAAAGACGUCACGAAGUCAACCAUCUACAAAGUCAUUGAGCAGCAUUUUGAUCAUCGCCGAAUGAGUGAUUAAAUCAGUCAUAUGGUCCAAACCUUAAUCCAGUGAAUUGAAUAAAAGCAAAUCCGCCACCUCCGCCCCACCCGCUCACACACCCUUGGAAUAUCCACUAAAUUGAAGGUGAAUGUGUUUUCUAACUUGACGAGUGUUACUUGAUCACCCCGGUGGGAUAAUAGUCACCCCAACAGAUUCAGUUAUGAGAUUGUGCGAAAUAUUCAAAAGGAUUAUUUUAUAUUACUUUUGUCUUCCAAGUUUGGGUUUGAAAACACGCAGUGAGCUAAAUGCGUUCAAAAGUUUUCGGUUACAUUUUUAUUUACUGUGAGAAGUAAGUAAAUGUAGCUGAAUUAUAAUGAAGGUUCCUAUCCUUGCCCUGUCUAAGAGCAUUUUAAGUCAGAUCUUCGUUGAGCCCUCUCUUCGUGGCGUGAUUAAAUGAACGACAGUAUACGAUCUGUGUAAAGGACUUAAUUUCAACCCAUAUUAUGCAGCCGAGAAGAGGUCGGUUUACUUUAGGCGCCAUUAUUCAACGGAUUAUGUAUGCAUAUGGUGUCAAAUACAAUACGUGACAAUGAUGUGCAAACUGCUGCUUCUGAGCUAUUCUCAGUCUAAUACAGUUUCCCACUUUGCACCCAAAAGUGCUACUUGAUCGCUUUGUGUUUCAUCUCUAAACACACCGGGGAUUAAUCCUCGUUAUUAAUACUUGCAUUUUCCGUCCUAAGGGCCCCUGAAAGGAUUUUAACGUUUGCUUGGUAAACCUAUUUCCUUUCACAACUGAUUUAAAUUUGUAAAUCUUUAUGGAUGGUCUGUCACACUUUAGUUUAAAUCGAUAAAUAUUCUAUGCAGCCGGAUUGAAUUGAAUGCAAUAACUAUUAAAUGAAAAGAUGAAACCUCUAAAUCCAUAUAUAUUCCAACACAUAGAGCUAACUAUACUUCCAUUUGACAAAAAAGCAGAUACAAAUGGCAAUAAAUAGAACACAUAUCAUCAUUUUCCUAAAGUAGAUUUUACCUCAUACUUUGGAAGUCUAGAUCAACCAUAGGGGAUAAGCGGCAAACAGACAGAAUUGCAUCCUAUUAUGUCCCAAAUACAUGUGUUCAAAGUUUGUCGAACUUUCUAAAAGUUUGAGAACUUUAUAUUUGUUCGUUAAACGCUUGGAUUAAUUUUGUUUUUGGUUCAGUUAAAGGAAAGAAUCACGCACAAUAGAAAUUAUAUGUUUGUGGCCAAUAGCUGGAAAAGGUCACGAUUUGUUUAAGUGCAUCUUAAAACGCUCAAUGGUUUUAUUACUAUAAUGUCAUACCUCGCCGCGAAAAAAGAAUUAAAAGCAUAUGCAGAUGUACUUAAGUACAUUCAUCUCAAUCAUAAUGGUGGAAAUAGGGUUUAAACGUGUUUAGUUUAAAUGUGUGUCCUUUCGGUUUCCUGUAUAUAUUGGUGUUUAUUGGUAGGGUCGACAAAGAGAAACCAAUAAUGCUGAAUCAUAACAGUAAUAUCACGAUCUCGUACUUUAAAGGCUAGCAUAUUGUUUGAUUACUAAUUCGAGUUAAUGCGAUCUUUAUGGAAACAUAAGAGCGGAUAAUUGCCUCUUUUUCUGGGCAACAAUAUAAAUCACAAUCGCUUUAUUAUUUAAUAACGUCAAACGCUUCGUUGGAUUGGCUCCGACAGGGAAGACCUUUUUUCUGCGCAGUGUUGUCGGGAAAUACAAUGCAGAUCUAAUUGUGGAGAUUUUUAAAGUUGGCUCCUGUAAAUGAACAACAGAGAUAUGGAAGUUCCAACAGAUGUCUGCAGUUCUGCUCUGACACACACAGCCACACACAGACUCUGAAGACCUAUAGAAGAAUUUUUGCACUGGACGCCUAGCAACAGUCUAAAUCUUUCUCAGACAAAUACACCCGCUUCCCCAGUUGCUAGAGAGCACUUCAAACUGCAGAAAAGGUUAUAUUUUGUUAACCAGGGCAGUGCGUUUUGCAAUUCUUAUUGCGCGGUUCUGUACACAUUGUGUCACGUAAUCCGAAAGGUAA